AUGGCCGCCAGGAAGCUCUCCAUCAGCACCUCUAAGGGCGAUCUCAGUGGGAACACAUACCUGCUAUUGACGUUCAACCCCGUCGACACAACCGAUCUGUAUAAAAGUCAAUACCCGGUGAUGUGGAAGAUACUGAAAUUCGCCGCAAACUCAACUGCCACGAGUGUCAUUGAUUAUUCUGCAAGGCUUGCCGCGGGAGUCUCGGAAGUGCUGGGCCAGAAGUCGGUGUUCACCGUCGAUGGUGAUGGCUUCGCCAGCUGGUCAGAACCUGCUCCCAAACCAGCUCCUGGAACAGGGCAAAUCAAUGCCCUCAAUGAGAGUGGACAGAGACAGGAUAUGAGCAUCGGUAUGAUCGGGCCGGGUGAGGCAUACCAGCCGGUUUUAUUGUGGAGGAACGUUGGCGACGGUUUCGCCAUGACGGCUAAAUUCACGCCUAUGGGUCGCACAGAGACCCAAAUUAUUAGGGGUGCAAUCCAGACAGGCUUGUUGGGCCAGUGGGACCUCGCGAAGCUGAGGGCCAUGCCGAAUGUGAAUACCUUCAGGCUCUAUGAGCAGGUCGGCAGCGGGAAGCUCGCGCACCCAUCUCGCUCACCCACUAAUCCCCCGUUCGGCAUAUUCGAUCUAUGGCCAAGCGAUGUUUCCGCCGACGGUCGAUCUGGAAAGGCAUCCGUACGACCAGCCUCGGAUGCUAACCCACCGACGUCAUGGAAAAUGACACGUGAUGACAUCUUCCCGCUCGCGUCUCCACAGCCCGCGCGUUUGUCUUAUAACCAGCCCGUAGCAAGUGAUGGCCUGCGAAGCUCGAACGACCUCCGUGCAUCUCCAUCCAUGUUUUCUACCAAAUCACUCAGCGGAGCCCUUCUGGUCGUCGCGGCGGUCAGCGACUGCGCACUCGCGCAGUACGGAUACCCAUACAGGAGGCGACACAGUUUAGCUUCCGGCGUCAUCGCCGCAAUCGCCAUCGUCUGCGUCGUCAUCCCACUUCUCCUUUGCGCACUCGCGGUGUGUCUUGUUAUGCGUCGCCGGCGUCGUGCAAGUCAGACAUCGUAUGGUGUUAGCGCCACAACACGGCCUCCAGGGCGCUUAGGUCGCUUCACCGCCCCGUUCCUCGGUCGGCGCGGUGCGCAACCCACACAAGGUCAGACGGUGCCGUCAAUUGGCUACGCGCAGGGUCCAGGCGCAGGUUCUGGCGCCGGAGGCUACACGCAGCCAUCGGACGCGGCGCCAGUGGAUCAAGCGUCAUGGAAAGAAGGAGCACCUCCAGGAUACGGCAACACCGUGAGCUCAGGCCCUUCACAGUCUUCGUGA